AUGGCAGGCUCCAUCGAGACAGCAGACCUCGUGGUCAUCGGUGCAGGCUGGUUCGGCCUCUCCGCCGCCAAAACCUACCUGCAAGUCCACCCCGCCUCCGAGGUCCUCCUCCUCGAAGCCUCCUCCUCCAUCGGCGGCGUCUGGUCGACCGACCGGCUCUACCCGAGCCUCCAGUCCAACAACAUGGUCGGCACCUACGAGAGCCCGGACUUCCCCAUGGACGAGCCCACCUGGGGCGUCCGGCCCGGCCAGCACAUCCCCGCGCAGGUCAUGCACGACUACCUCACUGCCUUCGCUCGCGAGUUCGGCGUCCUGACGCGCACGCGCUUCAACUCGCGCGUAGUUAGUAUCGAGCGCGGCGGGGAGGGGAGUGGGUGGACGUUGACGGUCGAAGGGAAAGGGGGGGUGGUGGCGGCGGUGGUGUUUGCGAGGAAGCUGGUGCUCGCCACGGGGAUGACGAGUCAGGCUUUCUUGCCGGCUUUCGAGGGCAGUGAGGCCUUUGGGAGGCCGCUGUUUCACUGUGGCGAGUUCUUGAAGUAUCGGGAGACGCUGCGGACGCUGGAGCGGGUGACGGUGUUGGGAGGUACGAAGUCGGCGUGGGAUGCGGUUUAUGCCUAUGCGACGCAGGGAGUGCAAGUCGAUUGGAUUAUCCGAGAAUCCGGACACGGGACUUGCUGGAUCUCACCUCCGUAUGUCACGCCGUUCAAAAAGUGGCUGGAGAAGCUCAUCCACACUCGCUUCUUGACGUGGAUGUCCCCUUGUAUCUGGGGAGCUGCAGACGGCUAUGGCUUCAUCAGGUCCUACCUGCACGGCACGGCCGCUGGACGCUUCGUCGUCGACCGCUUCUGGGAUAUUCUUGGCGCCGACGUUGUCUAUCGCAUGCAAUACGAUGCCCACCCAGAAACCGCAAAGCUCAAACCCUGGAUGGAGCCAUUCUGGACCGGAAACGGCCUCAGCAUCCUCAACUAUCCGACCCCGUUCUUCGACCUGGUCAAGCGUGGCAAGGUCAGAGUCCACAUAGCCGACAUCGACCGUCUCGAGAGCGGUAAGGUCGUCCUCUCUAGUGGAGAAAGCAUCGAGACGGAUGCCAUGCUCUGCGCUACGGGGUGGAAACACACAUCGCCCAUGAAGUUCAUUCCUCCCUCCCUCGAAGCCGAGCUCGGCCUCCCCACAGCCCAUGGCAGCACUCCCCCCGGGCUCCAAGCCGAAUCAGAGCUCCUCACGUCCCGAGCCGACGAAGAAAUCCUUUCCAGAUUCCCUCGAUUGAAGACUCAGCCAAAAGGUAACCCGAAGCUCAAGCCCCUCCCCUUGACCGACGACGAUGCCGCGCGGAACGACGCCCUCACUCCGCUGGACCUCUACCGCUUCAUGGUGCCCGCCAACCCCACGUUCACGGCUGCGCGCGACAUCGCCUUCGUCGGCCACCUGCUGACCAUCAGCACCGCCGUCCUGGCGCAGAUCCAAGGGCUGUGGGUGACGGCCUAUUUUGACGGCAAGCUGGCCGCGUCGCUGCUGGCCACUUCUGAAAACGGCGACGACGACGGCGGCUGCAGAGGCGGCGGCGGGACGGAUCUCCGGUACGAAGCGCGGCUGCAUAAUCGCUUUGGAAGGUGGCGGUAUCCGCACGGGUGGGGGGGCCAGAUCCCGGAUUUCGUGUUUGACAGCUUGCCUUAUGCUGACCUGCUGCUGGGGGACUUGGGAGUGAGCUUUAGGAGGAAGAGGGGGUGGUUCCGCGAGGUUGCGGAGCCGUAUGGGCCGGAGGAUUACGAGGGGGUUGUGGGGGAGUGGAUUGAUAAGGAGAGGGCGAGGGAGAGGGCGAGGGCGAGGGAGAGGGCGAGGGCGAGGGCGAGGGAGAGGGAGAGGGAGAGGGAGAGGGAGAAGGACGACUGA